AUGUGGGCGCUGAGAGGCCUCCGCCGGAGCCUCCCGAGGGCAGCCUCCGGGUCGCUCCACGGGAGGUGCGCCCCCUCGAUUAGCUCCGCGGCCUCCGCGGCGGCGGCGAGGGGGGGAGGGGGCGAGGCGGCGGCCUCCGCGGCGGCGACGGCGGGCGCGGGAGUGCUGUACCGGCGGCUGAUGUCGACGAGCAAAGGGAGGAGCAUGCGGAGCAAGGUGGAGAAGCGAAUGGCGAAGGAGACCGGCCGCACGCAGCGGGAGCUGCGCCGCGCCGUCAAGCUCAGGAAGAAGCUCAUGACCGAAGACGAGAGGCUCAUCCACAGCAUGCGGAGGGCCAAGAAAAAAGUUGCUUUACUUCUACAAAAGCUCAAGAAGUACGAGCUACCCGACCUACCAGCUCCUCGUCAUGAUCCAGAGCUUUUAACAGCUGAGCAGCUACAGGCUUACAAGAAGAUUGGAUUCAGAAAUAGAAACUAUGUCCCUGUUGGAGUUCGUGGAGUCUUUGGAGGUGUUGUUCAAAACAUGCAUAUGCACUGGAAAUUCCAUGAGACAGUACAAGUUUGCUGUGACAACUUUCCGAAGGAAAAAAUUAAGGAAAUGGCAUCAAUGCUAACAAGAUUGAGUGGUGGUAUAGUGGUUAACAUUCACAAUACCAAAACAAUUAUCAUGUUUCGAGGAAGGAACUACCGUCAACCAAAGAACCUCAUACCUUUUAACACGCUUACCAAAAGGAAGGCUUUAUUCAAGGCUAGAUAUGAGCAGGCUCUUGAGUCUCAAAAACUAAAUAUCAAGAAAAUAGAGACAAACCUUCGUCGCAAAGGUAUCAACCCAGAGGACCCAGUUGCCAUGGCCAGUAUCCAGCGAGUUGCCUCGACAUUCUUUAGAGCCAUAGAUGAGCAGCAGGGUACUCCCUACGUCUUCCGUGGAGAUAAUCAACCUCCUGCCGGGACUACUGAAUUAAAAGAACCGCAUGAUCAUCCAUCUGAGGAUAGCGACCAGGAGGAGCUUGACCACUUCAUUGCAGAAAUAGAGAGUGCAGCAGAGAAACAAUGGGAGGAAGAGGAGGCAGCAGAGAAAGAAGAAACUUCAAGGCUGCAAUAUCGCUACAGAGAAGAGAUGGGUGAGCGGAGGGGUUUCAGUAGAAGUUAUGACAACUCAGAUGGUGAUGAUAGAAGCCAGGGAAGAUACAGGAGAGAUAACAACAGCAAUAAAUGGACAACUGAUACGAGGAGAUGGGAUGAUGAUAGUGAGAUAGAACCGUCAGGCGAGGAUUUGGAUGAUCGCAGGGGUUUCAGUAGAAGCUACAACAACCCAGAUGCCGAGGAUAGAAGCCAGGGAAGAUACAGGAGAGAUAACAAUAACAAUAGCAAUAAAAGGACAUCAGAUUCGAGGAGGUGGGAUGAUGAUACCGAGGCGUCAGGUGAGGACUGGGACUCUGAUGAUGGCAGGGAUAAUGCAGUUGGGUUUGACAAUGAGAGGGGUGCACUUGACGAACAUCCUCGACGAUUUGAAAGCAUGAGACCUGAGAGUAGCAGAUCCAGUCACACGCAGAACUACACGCCUAGGGCCUCCAGAGGUUCUAGUCAGACUCCAAAAAGAUCAGUUACUGUUUCUGAUGACAGUGAGGAUGAUGAUUCGGACACUGAAAAUGAUGAGGUGUGGGGGUCGGAUUACAAGGAAGAGACUAGCUCGAGAGCCACAAAGGUGAAUUUCUCUAAUUACGAGAGCAGCAGCAGCAGUGAGGAGGAGGGUACCAAUGACAAUUGGAAGCGCAGCGGCAGUACCGGCCAGAUGAAGAAAAAUACUGAUGAGGACUGGGACAGUGACUGAGAAAUAAAAGCAACUGUCAAACCUGGAUGUUCCAUGGCUGAUACUGUCGCAUUUCAUCCACCUGAGUUACUUUAGGAAGGAGUAUGAUAAGCUUGUUUUGUGGUAGCAUCUGUUUCAACGGUUCAGACAGUUGCUGCUCUGAUUCCACUCGACAUCGCGGCAAGUGAUUGUGAACUGUUUGAAUUGCAUCUCCAAGUUAGGUAGUUGACACAUCCCAGGCACAUUCCUAUAGCAGUCUCUACAUGUUGCCACCAGCCGUGUGGUGACCAUAAUGGGAGGCCAAGGUGUUGAAUGCGCUCCUUGCCUAAUUUGUUUGGCAAAUUCCUAGGUUAAAGGGGCCUCUGAUGGUUCAUCAUUUAUAAGAACACAUCUGCUGUGGACAAUAACUUGCACAUAGAAGAAAUAUUGUUUGAA